GAAGCGCAGUCUAUUUAUUGUGAAUUGCCUUAAUUUGCAUAAAUUAGAACGAAAAUGUAUAACCAUUAUCACAGGACGCGAGAAUACAAGUUUAUAAUGAUCGAGGAGGUUAUGCAGCAGAAGGCGCCCGGGGUGCCUAAUAACUUAAAACUCCAUAUACCACAACAAACUUCGUCUCAAUUAUCACGAAGCAAGAACUUUACAGCGAAUUUCUUUAAAACUACUUUUAGCUAUCGAAGCAAGGCGUUAACGCCUACUUCUACACAGACCGUCGACAAAACUAUCAAAAUAGGCAGCGCGGAGACUAAGCCUGUAACUAGAAACCGGCCUAGGACAGCGCCGAUUGUUGAGUCUUCUUCGAUUAGAGUAAAAGCUAAAAAGACCGUCGAUCGAAUUAAACCGUCUUUACGACCGAUUGAUAGACAAGUUUCCGAACCUGAGAGACCCCUCAGGACUAAACCCUCGACCCCCGAUCCAGGUGGACUGAAACCAAUUAAAGAAAGUGGGAAAAGGAAUGACUCGAAAAGCACUAAUGUAAUCCUACAAAUAGUGAAAAAGUCGGCCAAGCCACCGGCUCCGAAACUGCCUGACAGCAUUCUACCACCGACUUUAAGGCCGAAAACCGAGAAAAACUUGAAACUAACGAAAAAUAUUAACAAUAACGAUGUUUGGGCUGAUCCUUACGACAUCAAGCUCGUUCAAAGGAAAUUACCUCCAGCCCCAACUGUGCCAAUAAGAGGGCCAAGCCAAGGGAAGCAGGAGUCCACCCUCAAGGGUGCUCCCUCAGUGUCCAGUCUAGAUUCAAAGCACCACAAAGUAGCUCCAGCACGCGACAAGACCUUGAAAAUCUUCGGGUCGAAGGAGAAGUUACAUAAAGCACAUAAGAAGAAGGAUUUGGGGAAUAACAAUGCUGUUUUAGAAGACCCGGAGCUAAGGGAAGGUUUGGAGUAUGAAGAUGGGCAGGCUCGGGUCCACGACUACGGUAGUGCUGAGGAGCUGGGGUCGGUAGACGGGCGCGGCUCACAAGAGUGCGUCAGCCUGCCCGUUACUCUGAAUGCCGAUCACAUGUCGGGCUUCCAGGAAGUGGAGCUCAGGCCUAGAGUACCAUCUGAGGCAUCGUUGGCGUCUGGAGUCCGGGAGAUUGAAUCUCUGAGGCGAGAACUAGAAGCUACCGUCAUGGAGCGAGCACAGCUGCAGGCGAGAGUUGAGGAGCUGCUGGAGAAGGUGACCGAGGCCGACAGGGUCAGGGCAGAACUGGAUAGAUUAAAGAGUGUGGACGCGGAGCGCGAGUCAGCCCUGGAGCGGCUGGCGGAUGAGAACGGUGCGCUGCGGGCGCGGCUACGCGGCGUCGCGCACUCGCCGCUCUCCGACAGCGAGAAGCGGCAGCUGCUGCUCGCGCCCGCGCCGCGCCGCAUGCACUCCUCCGCGCCCGCUUCCAUCGCGCUCGCCAAUGGUGAGGGUGAGAGCGGCGAGGCAACCACUCCAGAAUGGGACAAGCACUCGUCGUCAUCCCUGAGCGAGGUGUCGGUUGCCUGCCUGCAGGACCGCAUCCUGCAGAUGGAGGAGCACCACUACAGUACAAGUGAAGAGCUCCAAGCUACAUUAGCUGAGCUGGCAGACCUGCAGUCCCAGCUGGCUGAUGCUCACGCUGAUAACGAGCGGCUCGCGGACGAGAAGCAAGUGUUGCUGGAGUCGCUCUGCCGCCAGACUGAGAAGCUUGAGGAUAGUCGUACUAAGGUGGACACUCUCCAAGAACUUCUAUUACGUGAGGGCGUCGAACCAGAGACCCUGGUCUCCGGUGACACCGACCAACAACUAUUCGCAGUACUCAAGCUAUCUCAAGAAGAGCGCAGGCACCUGUUAACGAAGCAGGAGCAGUUGGAAGCGGAGCUAAACCAAACCAAGACAGCUCUAGAAGAAAAGACCAAAGAAAAUGAAACUCUUGCCGAAAGGAUACGUGUGCUAGAGGCGAGUGUGGAGCGCGCGGAGUCUGAGCGCACGCGCUGUGAACACGAGGCCGACUCCGCGCAGGAGGUGGCCGCCACGCGACAACACCAGAUAGCCACGCUCACUGACCUGCUGGACGCCGCCAAGGCUAAGUUAGAAGAGCGUGCGGGAGUAGCGCAAGGCGCGGCGGAGGCGGAGGCCGCAGCCGCCGCCGCCGCCGCGGCCGCCCGGCGCGAGGCCGAGGCCGCCGCCGCGCGCGCGCUGGCGCUGGCCGACAGGCUCGCGCACGCGCAGCGGCAGCUCGACAGGGCCAACGCCGAGGCCAGGAAGCUGCAUGAUGACGCGCUCGUAUCAAGAAACAACGCGAAAUCAACAAUAUCAGAGUUAGAAUUCCAAGUAGAGCAGCUUCGGCAGGAGAAGACCGCGAUGCAGGGCGAGCUGAAGUCCUUACAGGAUACCAUUGAAGAGUUACAAAUACAGGUGCAGCUGGCGUCGGACGAGAAGCUGUCGGUGAUGUCCCGCGCGGGCGAGGCGCUGGCGCGCGCCGCCGAGCUGGAGCGGCAGCUGCACGACGCCCGCGCCCGCCACGCGCAGCUGGCGCGCGAGCGGGACAGGGAUGAAACCGAAUGGAAGCAAUUCCAAAGCGACCUCCUAAUGACAGUACGCGUCGCAAACGACUUCAAAACGGAAGCCCAAAGAGAACUAGAGCGACUCGUCUCCGAGAACAAAGUGGCCAGAGAUAGGAUACGCCUGCUCGAAGACCAGAUACACUCGCUCAAGGGUGUUGACAGGUCAGAAUCUAUGGAUAGUGUUUAUUCAGAUGAUAAACUAGAGCCUGUGGGAUCAGAUUGUGAAUCAGAAAGUGACGACCAAAGUCCCUCCAAAGAAGUAUUUAAGAACAUAAGAACUAGAUAUUUAUCAAGAGUACAUAGUGUGACAGAUCCUUUAAUUAUAGACUCCAGUGUUGUAGACCAAGCCUUCUAUAAAAAUAAAGCUACAUCAGAAUCGUUGACGGACUUAAAGGAAUCGAUUAAAGAGGACUUUACGAUUGAAAUUGAUAACGUAACAACAGACGAAACGAACGAUGAUGCAAGUCAAAGAACUUCAUCAGAAGAAUUCCCGAAUAAAGUAUUAGCUGAAGUUAUCUUAUCUCCUUUUGAACACAAGGAGCUAAAGAGGCAGAAUGCUAUCGAUCUUAUCGACGACAUAGAUUUAACUGCAAAAAUAUCAGAAACUGAAAUCGAUCUCAAUUCAAAUUUUAGACUAAUUAAAUCAGAUUCUAAUUAUGACCCUGAAAUAGAAGAAGACUGCGCUUUUAAGCGAAGUCUUUCUGGUACGUACAAUGGUAAGCCUAAAGCGUACAGUUUGGAUAACUUGAAUACUAAUGAAGAUUAUAAAACAGCGUUAAAUGAAGCUACCAGUAUUGACUUUUUAGACCGUGGUACUGACAGUAAACUGUCUUUGUUCACUGAAGGCUCAGACAGCGUAUUCUUGUCACCUGUGGAGAAAAAUAAUAAUUACAUAGAUAAGGUAGACGAUAUUAAUAACAAAAAUGUAAAACGUGUGCUACCAGUUGUAAAAGCCGAAGCAAUGCUUCCUUUUCCAUAUCCAGAUGAUAUUAAAAAAGUUCCAGUGCAUGAUUUACUGCAGCCGCCUAAAAGAAAAUUACCAGAAGAUAUUACUAUGGAUGUUACAGCCGAAAAGGAGUUUAAAAAGGCUAAUGAUGAUCUUAAACUUACAUUCAAAGCAGCAAUCGAAAGAAUUAUGGGUCAUAACAAAUUGCGAAGGUCAACUUCGUUGCCUACAUCCAUUAAAGUAACCGAUUUACAGAGUUAUCCUGAUCCCGAACUUAUAACUGUUGAUGAAACUGAUAAAAUGAUUGGCCAAACUAGCAAAACUGCCGAUGAAAUUGAUAAAACUGCCGAUGAACAAAGUUUUCCCGAUCCUGAUCUAGUAACUGUUGAUGAAGAAGAUAAUACUAAUAUUAUUAGUGAAAUUCCUACUGUAAAAGUAACGGAUACUGAAACUGAGCCCAAAGAAGCUAUAAUUACCAAAGAAAAUAAUGACGAAUCUACUACUAGUAAGAACUUAGAAAACCCUGAUACAGAUAAUCAAAACCAAUCAAUUGACAUUAUUAAAACUGUACCAGCAGAACCAGAAACAGAACAAAUUGACGAUAAUGUGAGUUACCAUUUAAAGAUCAACACACCUGAUCUAGACGACAACGGAAACAAUAAUAUAGCGAAGAUAGUUACCACGCAAAGCAAUCCUAACCUUAUCCUUAAUAAUACUACAACAACAUUCCAAACCUUCUUAGCUCCAAUCAGUAUAGCCAACAUAACGCCGUCAUCCCCUGUCAUCAUAAGUCCAGUGUUAAUACAGCCGGUGUUUUUCAAAUCUGUCACUAUGCACGGACAGCCGAUACAACAAGUGCAGGAGGGAUCCUGCACUUGUUGUAUCGGCUUCGGUAAGAAAGGCACAGUUUACUAUAGCGAUAUCGACCAAGUGGCUAACGAAAAUCAUGAGAAUAGGGACCAAGAAGAUAGAAUUGCGAAAAGAAGGGGAAUGUUUCAAAAGAAUGCUAAAGCUAAACAACUUCCUUAUUUAACUUGGAAUACCGUUGGGUCUAAUGAUAACUUGAAUGAGAUUAAAGCUCCUUCACCCAGUAAAAAUAUUAAACAGUUAGAAAUAAAUAAACCUCUUCAUAGUUCCCCGAAACCUCCAGUUAAUCCAUCACUCCCUGUAGUAGAUAUUGUACAAAAAUCCCAAGUCAAACCGUCAGAGUCAACUAGAACCGUAGGUAAACUAUCCAAAACUCCAUUAAAGUUGAUGGACAACCAAUAUUACCAGCCGAUGCAAAACGUCCCCUUCGUUAUAAACACCUCGCAAGCAUUUAAACCCGAAACUGAUCAAAGCAAAGAAGACAUACCAAUGAAUCGGAGGUAUUCCGAACAGGAAAACGUUUACGAAGAAAUAGGACCUGUGAUUACUGAAGUUAUAACCAAAGAUAACAAAAAUAUAGCAGAUGAUGAGAAGAUUUCAAAUAGGACGCAAUCUUGUUCUGAUGAGUUCGAAUUAACCAGAGAAGAACUCCUAAAAGUACCAAGACGAGUCAAAAAACCAAAGACCAAUGAUAGGUUUACGAAAUCAAAGUCAGUUGACUUCUUAGACAGUCCUAACGCAGCCAAAGAAAUGGCUAGUAUAACCAAAUCUAUAAUAUCGUUAUCUCGAGCACCGAGUGCCAAAGACUUACCAAAGAACCCAACAGGGUCGAUAGUGGAGAUUGUCCAAAGCUUAGAAAAGAAAACACCAGCUUCUGAUUUACGGAAAGAAGUCGCGACAAGGAAACUGUCUCUCCAGCAUCCGAACUCUCCAAGUAUAGACCCGAACGUCACGAACACAGGUUCCUUGCCCCGGGACAAGCCGUACUGGAGGACUUUGGAACACAAACGCUUGUCGCACCCCUUAAGGUCACUGAACGAUCCCCCGCCCCGAAGACCUCUACCCAUACCGCCGCGGUCUGAGGAGACGCCGCCUCCGCCGCCGCUGCUCACGAGCGCCUCGCUACAGGACAUCAUGGCCACGGCUGCCUCGCAUAGGAGGACUAAGGGUGUAAGUCGCCAAGAUUCCCGUUUAUCAGUUAAAUCUCUCAUUGAAAGUAUAGAGAACGCGGCGAAGGCGGCCAAGCAGUCGCCAGCCUCCACACCCGUAGGAGAGUGGCCUCAGCAAACCACAGCCUGUGUGACAUCAACAACAAGCACCAUUAAGAACGGCAUCGCGGACAGCACUAGCGCCACCAACGGCGUGACGUCAUACUGCAAGCCGCCCGCGCGCGGGAACAGAGCCUCACCAGCGGCCAACGAGGCGGCGGCGGCGCAGGCCAACAUCCCCGACGAGCAGCGCGCGCUGCACUCGCUGCAGCAGAAGGCCAUCGAGUCCUUCGUCAGGCGGAACAGCUACGGAGAUAUAUGUGAGAGGAAGGACCCGUUGAACGCGUUGCAAGUGAAGAACGGAGGCUCGAAACGCAAUGCGCUGCUCAAGUGGUGCCAGCAGAAGACUAUAGGAUACAACAACAUUGAUAUUACCAAUUUCAGUUCAUCCUGGAACGACGGCCUAGCCCUGUGCGCUCUCUUGCACUCGUACCUAGGCGAGGCCCGCAUCGCGUACUCCUCGCUGUCGCCGCACGACAAGCGCACUAACUUCGCCGUCGCCUUCGCUGCUGCUGAGUCCGUCGGGAUACCCACCACGCUGAACAUUCAAGACAUGAUUCAACAGGAGAGACCGGAUUGGCAGCAGGUCAUGGCCUACGUCACCAGCAUUUACAAGCACUUUGAGACGUAGAUAUACCAAAUACGACCUUAACGCAAGGUAUUAGAGAACAAAUCACGACACAGUUAAUACAAAAGUGGUGACAUCUGCUGAAAGCGUCAUCGAGUUCACUCGCCUUACCGAUAGAUGGCAAUAACACAUAAUUAAAAGAGGAUUUAUGUGAUCGGACGUUAUAUAGUAUUAUGUAUACUACCGGAUACUGCAACACUAAUCUUUAUUUGCCGCCACGUUACACCUUAAAGUGACGGAGAUAGCGUGAGACUUAAUACCAGCCAUUACUGUGUGAGAAAUGAAAGGUACAUAUAUUUACUCAUUGUAGUGAACAAAUAAUAAUUAAGGUAUAUUCCAUUCAUGUUAAUAAAAACGUAGUGAUUUAUAUUUUCUCUAAAUAUAUUCCAAAAACUAUGCUAAAACACGAAAACAUUUUUGCUGAUAAUGCCUUAAAAAUUGUAAUGCAAAAGUUAAACGGAACAAUGCAAUUAUUGAAAAAUAAGCUAAAAUUUGCUUAAAUAUUCCAACGAAAACGGGUUGUUAUAUUGGUGAACAUUUGCCUUAUAUAUAUUUUUGGACUGGUAACACUUAUUAAACUAUGGAUUUAAGCCUUUUUGGGAUGAAUAUUGAAAAAUUAAAAUAAAAUCUUAAAGUUGUGGAAAAUUGAGUCUUAUGUUUAGGUGAAUAAAGAUCUCAUUUGAAUGCAUUCAUUACUUAAAUUCAAAUAAUCUAUUCUUGAAUCAAUACUAUACAGACAAAGUAUCAAAAAGUUACUCCCAAAAAUGUAAACAAAAAUGAGUUGUACUGGCUCUAGAAUAAGGUUCAAUAUUUAAUGACCAUUUCUUAAUGCUAAGCUAAAUUUAGUGAUAUAAAAAUGCCUUGAUUUCGGCCUUAGGUGUGAAGCCGUCUUUCCAUAAUAAAGACUGAUUCGUUACAAUGUUAGGGAGGCAACAACUGGAAGGAUAUUAAGAGAUAUUAGAUGGAUAUAAAAAUAAUAAAUUUCAAGAAGACUUGGCAAAGGCUAACUGCACAGGUCUAUUAAAAGAAACAACAAUCGGGGAUUUGUCAGUCACUGAAAAUUAACACAACUAAAUUUUACUAUUUUUGGAUAAGGAAGUGAUAAUAACUAAUUCUAUAUAUUGGAAAAAAGGCCUUAUAUUCGCAUAUUACAAUUCUUAUGAAUAGUCAGCUAGCAACUCAUUUAAAAAUACCAUUAUUAAAACUUUGACAUUUUAAUAAGUAUACUAAUGUUUAAAAAUAAUAAGAUCCAGCUACCUUUUAGUAUUCAUUAUUAGACAUUCCAUAAAAUUUGUCCUUUGCCUUUGAUGUAUCUUGUAUAAGAUUUGAAAAUAUGGCCUUGAAUAUACCAUGAUUGUGUAUUUAUAUUGUAAGCAGAUAAAGCUAGGCUUGACCAUUAAUUAUAAGGUUCGGCUUACGGAGCAUUUAUGGAAUUGAACCAUGUAAUAAUAAUAAAAAAUAUAUAAUAUACGUAUUACCAAAAACAUGUAUCUUGGCCAAUAGCAGCACAGCAUUGUUAGCCAAAAAGAUUAAAGCGAUCUGCGCAUGCGUCUGAAUAUUGAAUUUCAUUGGUUGAUUUGGAUUUCAGCCAUAACGGUUAAGUAUGGAAUUAUUUUAUCUUUGUAGGUAUUUUCAAUUUCAUUGCAUUUGAAUAGGUAUUGUAAAGUGACAUUUUGUAAAUGAAUUGGAGUUACAAUCAUGAUCGAUUUUGAUAGUAAAUUAUUUAGCAUUUGAUUUUGAAUGAAGUAUUGUAUGAAAGUUUUGUGUAUGUGUUUGUUUUUAAGAAUGUUUUAUGUGUUGAUGCAUGAUUAUGAUAAACGCAAGCUAAUGAAACGUGAUUAAAUAUUAGUUGAUAUUUAUUACGAGGCUGUUUUAUUUAGCGUGUGUCUCGAUAUCGGUCAAUAUUAGAUAUUAUAUUACUUUUGUUCACACUUUCUCCCAAAUUAUACAGCACAAGAAAAAAUAUUAAUAAAUCUAUAAUUUAACAACCCCAGAAUACCAGUUACUGUACCCAAUAUUCAAAAUUUACUUACUAUACACAAGGUCACAAACAGUUUCUUCUAAUCUUAAAACCAUAUCUGAUCAACUGAUCAACAAAAACUUUUGACUUUUUUUGUGCUGUUUAAUACGGGAGGAAGUGAUUUAGAUAUAAUUUAGGUAACAUGCGCGCUGUGUUACAUUUCCGACUUGGUUGUUGAUGCUUAGUAGUUUAAUUAUUACGUAUUUUGAGAUAAAAAAUGUAUUUUUGUAAAUAUAGCUUUUAAAUAAAGUUCCUGAUUUAUUAUA